AUUGGCUGCAGGAGCAAGGCUGUGUAAUCUAGAGUCAGACCCAACACGUGGCUUUGCAAAGUGGUCCAUAGGAAACAAUUGCACAGCCUGGAGAAAAUGACAGAUGUUGUAGCUAUUUGGGAUGUUAUUUUAAGUGAUGGAGUCCACAAGAUUGAAUUUGAACAUGGGACCAUAUCGGGAAAACGAGUUGUAUAUGUGGAUGGGAAGGAAGAGAUAAGGAAAGAGUGGAUGUUCAAGUUAGUGGGCAAAGAAACCUUCUGCGUUGGAGCAGGAAAAACCAAAGCCACCAUACGUAUACUUUCUGGCAAAGGUUAUAUUUUUAAAUAUAUCCUGGAAAUCGAGGGGAAAAGCUUCAGGAAAUAUGUGGAGAACAGAUCAAAGACCACCAACACCUGGGUACUGCACUUGGAUGGCAAGAACUUUAGAAUUGUUUUGGAAAAGAACACUAUGGACGUGUGGUGCAAUGGUAAAAUAAUAGAGUCAGCGGGCGAGUUUGUAGAUGACGGCACUGAAACACACUUCAGUGUGGGGAACCACGCCUGUUACAUAAAAGCCGUCAGCAGCGGGAAGAGAAGAGAGGGGAUCAUCCACACACUCAUUGUGGACAACAGGGAGAUCCCAGAGCUUCCCAAGUGACUGCUUGAUAAUGGGCUCUGAGCCGAAGAGAAGACAUCAGGACUUGCUAAUGGCUGUGGUAAUUAAAUGUGUCCACUGUGUACAUAUCGGUA